AGAAAAAUUCCGUAGUUCCACAAUCAAAUAAUACUUUUGUACAAAUUUAGCCAGUGUCCGAUACUUAACAAUGCAUACUUAAAGAUGUUAUAGAUGUGAACUCGACGAGAAACAUAUUUGCUGAUCCACAACGUUCAAACUAAAGUUAGAGGUGAAACUUUAUCCCAAAAUCGGUUUGUUUACAUCAGCGCUGAUUAAAUAACAGAUAGUGCAAUAGCAUAAGGAUGAGUGAAAAACCAAAGGAACCGGCUCCCGGCGACGGAAUUCGAUCAAUGCGUUCCACAAACGUAUUUCGGGCCAUUAAUUUUGAACUGUACGCCAAACCGAACGUCGUCGUUAUGAGUAUAGGGCUCGUUUGCCUUGGCAUCACGUUUGGAUACAUUGCCUACAUGCGGUCCAAGUACGAAGGAUUGGGAUAUUACACUGCGGUGCAGGAGGACGGUAAGGAGGUGUUCGUAAAACGAAAAUCCAAAUGGGAAUAAAAUCUUAUUUUACCUA